GCGAUCAGUUGCCGGCUGGCGUUCGUCGCGUUGGUUACGACACUAAUCAAUUGGCGAAACCUCUGUCGCCGGACUGGAGAUUGGUGAUUGGAGCUUGGAGUUUCGAGUUUCCAUGCGAAUAGCCCCCACCUGGUAUCGCAAUUUACGACAUGAAGAGCUGGCUGAAGAUCUCGCUGCUGCUGUGCACGUUUGGCUUUUUCCGGGAGUUUCGACCUUCGGAGCCGUACGUCACGGAGUACCUGGCCUCGGAUUAUGGCAACCUGACGACGGAUCAGAUCUACCAGGAUGUGUAUCCCUUCGGCACGUACUCGGUGCUGGCCCAGCUUGUCAUUGUGUUCCUCAUCACAGAUCUGGUGAGGUACAAACCGGUUAUCGUGCUGUCGGCACUGGCUGGCAUUACCCUGUUCUCCAUGCUUAUCUGGACGGAGAGCGUGGGAAUGCUGCAGGUGGCCCAAGUGUUUUUUGGCACCUUCACGGCCGCUGAGGUGGCCUACUACACGUACAUGUACGCCAAGGUCAACAAGGAGCAGUAUCAGGUGGUCACGGGCCACACGCGAGCUGCCAUCCUGAGCGGCAAGUUCCUCGGCGGCCUGUUUGCCCAGGUUUUGGUGUCCACCGAUAGCAUGGAUUACCGACAGCUGCACUACCUCUCGCUGGCCACGCAGCUGAUCUCCCUGGCCGUGUCCCUGUUCCUGCCCAGUGUGCCGCGUAGCCUCUACUUCUAUGCGCAUUCCGAGAAGAUUAACACUGCCGGCGGAGAAGUGACCGCACCAAAGUUCUCUUUCGCCAACGCCUGCCGCCUGCUGUGGUACCACCUCGUCAGUUCCUACUCCAAUCCCGUGGUGCUGCAGUGGAGUAUGUGGUGGGCAUUGGCCACCUGUGGUCAAGUUCAAGUGGUCUCCUACAUCCAGUUCCUGUGGAAAGAGGUGGCUCCGGAUAAGCUCAGCGUUUACAAUGGUGGAGUGGAGGCCGUGGCCACGCUGCUGGGUGCGAUUGGAGCCAUUCUGGCGGGCCUGCUGAACUCCAAUAAGCGACGGGGAUCGUAUAUGAUGGGCAUAUCCAUCUGUGCCGCCGCCCUGGGCGCCCUGCUCAUCUAUGCCGCCAAGACGCAGGAGAUCUGGGUGGCCUACGUGAACUAUGUGCUUUUCUGCGCCGUAUUCUUCUUCAUCAUCACGGUGGCGGGUGCCGUGGUGGCCGAGAAUCUGGUGGAGGACAGCUUCGGCUUGAUCUUCGGUAUUAAUACGUUGGUGGGUCUGAUCCUGCAGACCAUUCUGACCGUUGCGGUUGUGGAGCGAGUUGGAUUCGCUCUGGAGCCGCGGGAUCAGUACGUGGUUUACGGUAGCUACUUUGUGGUCUUGGGUGGGAUGUCCAUAAUUGGGUCUAUCUGCGUAAAACUGUUUUGCAGGACCAACAAGUCGAGUGCGGAAAAUGUGGUUUCUUUAACAUAAGAUAAUAUAGGAUUUUACACAAAUCAAAGCAGGACGAAAUGUGCAAGUUUGUAAAUACAGGACUUCUUGUAAAGCAUAUAUUUAUAUAUAUAUUUAAUAUAAUAUAAUAUAUAUAAUAUAUAUUUAAUGCUUUUUUAAUCAGGAAUAUAGGAACCUAUACCUAUCAAACUUUAAAACAACAUAGUA